GAAUAAUGGAUCCAUGAAAACAAAGCAAAACUCUGAACAAGACAGAUUUUUUGAUCACGGGAUUUUUUGUUUUCUUUUGUUUUAUUGUCAUCAAUAAAAAUCUUAACAAACAAAUUUAAUCUUUGUAUACUGGUUUAAAUAAUCCUGGUUCAAAUGAGGAUGCAUACAUUUGGCGAGAAACCUACUGCAUUCCAAUUGGAAGCAGGUGGUGAUUAUUAUUAUAUUGGUUCUGAGGUUGGAAAUUAUCUUCGUAUGUUUCGUGGUUCAUUAUAUAAAAAAUUUCCAUCAUUAUGGCGUCGUUUAGUAACUGUUGAUGAACGUAAACGUAUUAAUCAAUUAGGUCUUGGUGCACAUUCAUUGGCAACAAAUAUUACUUUGUUGAAAGCAACUGAAGUUGAUGAAAUAUUUGCCGGUAAUGAUGAAAAAUAUAAAGCAGUAUCGAUAAGUACAGAACCAUCCGUACAACGUGAAUCGAAACAAAAACGACCAAAUUGGGCACCAUCAUUACCGAAUACAUCACAUCAUUUGGAUGCUGUUCCUUGUUCAACAUCGAUUGCACGUAAUCGUAUUGGUCAUAAACGUGUUCGUACAUUUCCAUUAUUAUAUGAUGAUCUUGAUUCAUCACUUGUACAUGAAAAUUCAUUACAACAAGAAGUAUUGAUACCGAUUCGUUUGGAUAUGGAAAUUGAUGGACAUAAACUUCGAGAUACAUUCACUUGGAAUAAAAAUGAAAAAACUACAAGUCCAGAACAAUUUGCCGAAGUUUUAUGCGAUGAUUUGGAUCUACCAUCAUCAUCAUUUAUACCGGCAAUUGCUCAAUCUAUACGACAACAAAUUGAUGCUUUUCCAAAUGAAACAUUCAUGGAAGAUGCACCACCAGAUCAACGUGUCGUACUCAAACUCAACAUACAUGUAGGUAAUAUUUCGUUGGUCGAUCAAUUUGAAUGGGAUAUGUCGGAAAAGGCAAACGAUCCAGAAGAAUUUGCACUAAAAUUAUGUGCUGAAUUAGGUUUAGGUGGUGAAUUUGUAACAGCGAUUGCAUACAGUAUUCGUGGACAAUUAGCAUGGUAUCAACGAACAUAUGCAUUUAGUGAAAAUCCAUUACCAACAGUUGAUCUACCAUUUCGAAAUCCUGGUGAUGCUGAUCAAUGGUGUCCAUUCCUUGAAACAUUAACCGAUGCCGAAAUGGAGAAAAAGAUUCGUGAUCAGGAUCGUAAUACACGUCGUAUGCGACGAUUAGCUAAUACAACUUGGUAAUCUUAUCAAUUCAAAGCAUCCAACAAAAA